AUGCCACCUGCGACUGCUCAGAGUAGUUCUGCUACUCAAAAGCUUGUGACUCCGGGAUUUAACGCCGGCGCAAGACCAUACAGAUCUCACAAAGUUCGGGCUUGUGACUUGUGUAGAAAGCGCAAGUCCCGAUGCACGGUGGAUAUCCCAGGCCAGUCAUGUCUCCUAUGCCGAGUCCAGGGAGCAGAUUGUCAUUACCAAGAAGAAUCCAAUCACGAUACGUCCAUUGCUAAUGGCCCCGACCCUAAGAGAUGGUCCGUCGAUAAUACCAGUGAAAGCUUGCCCUCUGGCCAGAAGCGCAAGCGUACCCCCCACAGCGAUUCGCCUCCCAGUCGUCCACGAGAAAGUACCUCCACCCUACCCCGCGCGAGUUCCGUAGUGGACAGCCGCGGAAGCGAAACCCGACGACAAGGAGUUGAAGAUCCUCACAAUGAAUCUGUUCAUAUCGUUGGUCCCGUUGUUGCAGAUGAUGCACAGGUAAUCGAGAAGUUUAUGCCGCCAGAGCAUUCCAACACGAACGAGGACCCUAACAGCCAUCCGUACAAUGUUUACUCAAACGAUCCGAGAAAACCCAUCCUCUAUACAACUAUCUCUAGGCGGAGGCAGGGCAUGCGAGUUGGCAUCCCACCGGGAGAGAACCAGAAAGAAGUUCUCGAACAGAUACUCGGGCCAUUCAGGCAUGAUCUAGUUAGGCUUUUUAUAGACAGGUUCAAUGUAGCAUUCCCAAUCUUUGAUGGCGACAGCUUUUGGGAGGCAUACAUGUCGGAAGUCCCAGGGGAACCACCUGCGUCUCUGAUAUGUCAGGUCUAUUCCAUGUCGCUUGUCUACUGGAAACAUGUGCCGAAGCUUGCCAGCCACCCCAAACCGGAUGUCCGAUAUGCAGUCAACAUGACCGUGGCCGCCCUCCACGAGGAGUUCUCUGCCCCGGGCUUGUCGACAAUAAGCUGUGCUCUGAUUGAUCUAACCGGGCGGCCAAUAUUCUCCAUGACCGGCAAUGCUAUCAGUUGCGGUCGAAUGAUAUCUCUCGCUCACUGCCUUGGCCUGAAUCGAGACCCCAGCCACUGGAAGGUCUCUCAGAGGGAGAAAGAUCAUCGUAUACGAUUAUGGUGGGGUGUGGUGAUACAUGAUCGCUGGGGGAGCUUUGGUCACGGUGUACCUCCCCAAAUUGCCAAGAAUCAAUACGAUGUCCCACUCCCUACAGUCGACGGUUUACUGUCGCCGAAUGGUCGCACCAAUGAACGCGUGAGGGCCGCUCACUGCCACAUUGCGCUGUGUCGCUUGACAGAGAUCCUUGGUGAGCUCAUGCCACUUGUAUACGGCUUGCAACACCGAGUUUCCCGCGAGACUUCCAAGAGAUUACGACAGAUCAGAACUGAUCUCGACAUGUGGGAGGAUUCUCUUCCUGACUGGCUGAAGUCACCAGCAAGUACUAGCACGGAGGAACGUAUCUCUGGGACAUGUAGCUUGCAGCUGGCUUUCCUGGCCGUCAAGAUGCUUGAGGUCAAUAGUGCAGAUACCGAUAACCCAGAGGCACGGCGCUACUUCCAAACGGAAUGCCGACGCUCCGCUGAAGAAAUCGUUCAAUUUAUCUCCUCACUUCGGAAAGAGAACUUCCAGGAGUUCUGGUUGCCUUACAGCGCCUUCCAUCUCACAUCCACCGCCACUCUUCUCGUCCGCUGCGCGCUGGAAACCACAGACACGGACGUAGCUCGCUCCUGUAUCAACAACGUGGAGAUGUUCCGGAGUAUAUUACGCCGCGUCCGAGAAGAGGAAGACUGGGAUGUAGCGGACAUGUGCCUGGACCACUGCGAUCGGAUCCUCAACAGACUCCCUGGCAACGGAAGCACCCCUGACCUCAACUUCAGUGGUGUUGUGCAGCCUGAUAAUCGCCUGGUGAACCCGGCUGCAAUUUCGCUUCCCGAAACGCAGACGAAUAAUGAUAUUGUUGACGAUAUGAUGUCCAUCUCGGGGACUUUUGGUACGAUGGAUGGUUUCCCGUUUGAUAUGACGGGUAUCUGGGAUGUCUCUGUUUUCCAGGACGUGAAUUUACCAUGA